AAAUUAAAAUCCACAUGGAUGAUCCUCUCUUCCUCUUCUUCUUUCUUCCCAUGCUUCUUUGUUUCUCUUUCUCUGGCGGCUCCAGAGAAUCCAGCUAGGGCGGAUCUUCUUCUUCUUUCUUCCCAUGCGUCUCUGUCUCUCUUCCUCCGGCAGCUCCGGCGAAUCCAGCUAGGGCGGCCGCCCUAGCUGGCGGACCCCUGGAUCCGCCCCUGUUUGAAAGUUUAAGCUGUUUAACACCAAACACAUUCUUAUCUAAAGUUUGCCUUUAACAUUCUUUUAAGUCCCUGGGUUUAAUUUAAUCGAAGGAAUAACGAUAAUAAAAAUUCAUCCCACUAGCCAUCCAUUACCAGUUUAUACAUUCGCAAAUCGUCCAUUAGACAAGCUGUUGAACCUCCUUUCAUUAGCCUCGCUUAGUUGUUUCUUCUAGUCUGUAAACCGCUUUGGACCAAAUUCUUCCUCAGUUUAUGUAUUUAUGUUUUUGUUGGAAGUUGGAAUAGACAUUUUAGCGUCUUCUUCUUGUUGUUUAACCUGCAGAUGGCUCAGAGAACAUUAUAUUUCAUAGCAAUAUUUCUCGCGUGUUUUUCUGCGCGACUUGCUUAUGCACAACAAAUCACAGAUCCCCGGGAAGUUUCCGCUUUACUAGCAGUUCGUAGCCACCUAACUGACCCAUUGAAAAAUCUCGGCAACUGGGAUAAGAAAAAAGACCCGGGUACCUCGAAUUGGAAGGGUGUGAUAUGCUACCCAAACUCAAGUGAUGGAUAUAUGCACAUUCAAGAAUUGCGUUUGAUGCAUACUAACCUCUCUGGUAUAUUAGCUCCUGAGCUGGGUCGGCUAGUUCAUAUGAAAAGAUUUGGCAGCAUUCCGAAGGAGAUUGGCAACAUUACUGCUCUUGAGCUCCUGCUUUUGAGUGGAAAUCAACUAUCGGGGCCAUUACCUGAUGAACUUGGUCAUCUUCCAAACUUGAAUAUAUUUCAGUUGGACCGGAACCAGUUCUCUGGAUCAAUCCCAAAAUCAUUUGUAAACUUGCUCAAAGUUCAACAUUUCCACAUGAACAACAAUUCACUUGGUGGCCAGCUUCCUCCUGAGCUUUCGGCCCUUCCUCUUCUUCAACACUUCCUUUUGGAUAACAACAAGUUAGCAGGACAUCUCCCACCAGAGUAUUCACAAAUGCCGAACUUGACAAUUCUUCAGCUUAACAAUAAUAACUUUGAGGGGAGUGUGAUUCCCGAUUCCUAUGGAAACAUGUCCAAGCUCAUAAAGUUGAGUCUAAGGAAUUGCAAUUUGCGAGGGAAAGUACCAGAUCUCAGUGGCAUACGAAGCCUUCUUUACUUAGAUCUUAGCAAGAAUCAACUUACUGGAAAUAUACCGGUAAACAGACUCUCUAACAAUAUCACAACCAUUAAUCUGUCGAAGAAUCAGCUUAAUGGAUCUAUUCCCUCCAAUUUCUCUGGACUUCCUCGUCUCCAGAAACUGAGGUUGAAUAAUAAUUUGCUGAGCGGAUCUGUUCCAUCUACCAUUUGGAAGGACAAAACUUUUACUUCUGACUCAAAACUUGAAAUAAAUUUUCAAGACAAUCUACUUUCGGAUAUUUCUGGUGUCCUGGAAGUCCCUCCAAAUGUGACACUAAAGCUUCAUGGAAAUCCUGUUUGUGAAAAUGCAAAUCAAAGGAACAUCGGUCUUCUUUGUGGGUCUGAUUACGAAGAUGAAGACACAGCCACCAUCGUGAACAAACAAGAGUUAAAUUGUCCAUCUUCUUGUCCUACUUAUUACGAACAUAUCCCAGGAUUACAAGCUAAUUGCAUUUGUGCAAAUCCUUUUGGGGUAGGACUCCGGCUGAGAAGUCCUAGCAUGUCCGACUUUCCUCCAUACCGAGAUCAAUUCAAUGAGUACAUAACAGGAAAUAUUAAGUUGUAUCCUUAUCAGCUUUUCAUUGACACACUAGCUUGGGAAGAGGGUCCUAGGCUAAGAAUGUUCUUGAAGUUCUUCCCUAAGAAUGAUUCUAAUGAAUUUAACAAAAGUGAGAUUCCACGGAUUGCAGACGUAUUUGCAACCUUCACUCUACCUGGGAAUGAUAAAUUUGGCCCUUAUGAACUGCUUAAUUUUACUGCCAAUGGAUCUUCUAUUAUUUAUUUUAAUGUGCAAUUCCCAUCUUUAAAGGGUAAAGGAAUGAGCAAAGGCGCCUUGGCUGGAAUCGUCUUGGGGUCCAUCUUGUGUGCCAGCAUGGUAUUUUUAGGUGUCGUACUUUUAUUCUUAAAGAAGAAUCAGCAGCUUCCACCCAAUGCUGUGAAAGAUAAAUCACUCGGAAAAGUUACAAUAAUAAUGGAUGGAGUGAAGGCAUUCAGCUUUAAAGAGUUGCAAGCAGCAACAAGCAGAUUUAGCAUUGCUACUCAAGUUGGCGAAGGAGGAUACGGAAAGGUCUUUAAAGGUACUUUAGCAGAUGGCACAGUUGUAGCUAUAAAGCGAGCACACCAAGGUUCUUUGCAGGGUGACAAAGAGUUCUACACCGAGAUAGAAAUCUUGUCUCGUUUACAUCACAGAAAUCUGGUUUCAUUGGUCGGAUAUUGUGAUGAGGACGACGAACAGAUGUUGGUAUAUGAGUUCAUGCCAAAUGGCUCAUUACAUGACCUCCUAUCUGCUAGAGAUAGAUCACCUCUAAGUUUUGCGACAAGAUUGCAUAUUGCACUAGGUUCGGCAAGAGGAAUUCUUUACCUCCAUAGAGAAGCUGAUCCUCCUAUCAUUCAUCGUGAUAUCAAGGCAAACAACAUAUUGUUGGACUCCAAGUGGACUGCCAAAGUAUCUGAUUUUGGAAUCUCAAGGCUUGCACCAGUAUCAGAUGUAAAAGAAGCUACAGAAGCACACAUCUCCACCAAUGUGAAAGGAACACCGGGUUAUCUUGAUCCAGAAUACUUUUUGACCCACAAGUUGACAGAGAAAAGCGAUGUUUAUAGCCUUGGUGUAGUAUUUCUAGAACUCUUAACAGGGAUGCAGCCUAUAUCUCAUGGAAGGAACCUUGUGAGAGAGGUUAACAUGGCAUGUCAAUCUGGAACGAUGUUUUCCAUCAUAGACGAGAGUAUGGGGCCAUAUCCUUUAGAGUGUAUAAAGAAAUUUAUGCAAUUGGCCAUCAGGUGUUCUCAAGAUGAAACAAAGGGUAGACCUUCUAUGUUGGAAGUGGUAAGAGAGCUCGAAAACAUAUCUUCAGUGCUUCCAGAAUGUGACAACACUGCAUUGGAGUUACACUUAAAUACUGUGACUUCUGAAUCCUCAGCCUCAGCCCCAUCUUCUUCAGUCUACUCUACUUAUGUCUCUAAGAAUCUCCCUGGAAGUAAUCUUGAUAGUGACGUCUUCCCUACCAUCAAGCCUCGUUGAUCAGUUCAAUAAUGAUCAUAGAUCAGUUGCACUCUGUCAAACAGUGAUUGUUUAAAAGAGACGAUAUUUCUUUUCAUUUAAUUCAAACUUGUACAUAUGGAUCUUAGCUUGUGAACUUUAACAAUGCCUUCGGGAUAAAGAAAAUGCUUUCUAUAAUUUUACUUUUA